AGUAUUCAUACCUCAGACUGCACACUACCAACUGCUGCAAUCGCUUUUAAAUCCCCAUUCCCAUAUCCAUCAAACGCCUCAAGCACAUCAUAUACCCUCCUUCUCGAUAAGAGAAUAUCGACAGAUCACAAGUUGAGACCCCAAUGGAUAUUGGCAACAUUUUUGAGGAGUGGGACUUUUCAGGAACGGUUCCGCUCCCAUACAGAGUUCUGUUGAUGGGCUGUAUCGGCAUGUUUGCCUGGGCGAGCAACCUUCACCUUCUCUCACAAUUGCGAGUUGAUGUAUCCAACCUCCUUUUCUCCAGCCCGCCUCUGUCAGGCGUCUACACCAACCAUCCGAGGCACUCGCGCGACAAAUUUGUUAACAAGUCAACACCGCUCUCAGCACUCUGUAGAUCUAUUUAUUCCCUCGGCAUGUUAUUUCUCGUUGUGGUCCUGAUCAACAUGUGGAUGUACAAGUGGGUGGUGGCUGGAUCGGAAGGCAAGGACCAGAGAAGCAACGGUGGCAAAGUACCUACCGCAACGGACAUCAAGGGGGGCAUGGGAUCGAUGGGAAAUCCACGCGUGGGCAUUAUGGUGCCGAUUUUCGGUUACUUGACGAUCUUUGUCUUAGUGUUUUUACCGUUGAAUGUUAUGUUCAAGAAAGAGCGCUAUCGGUUCUUGAGAUCGAUGAAGAAGGCAUUGUUCUCAGGACUCAAGUCUGACGUUUCUUUUGCGGAUGUAAUUCUCGCCGAUAUUUUAACAUCGUUUGCGAGAGUGUUUGGCGAUCUCACAGUUGCUCUGUGCCUCAUGUUUCUGGACCGGGACGGAUCGAACGCCGAUGCAUGUUAUGGCAGUAUCAUGGUACCCAUUAUGACCAGUAUCCCGUAUUGUAUCCGACUUCGUCAGUGUCUGUCAGAGUACAUCGAGUCGAAUUAUACCACGGAACGACACCUAAUGAACGCGCUCAAGUACGCCACUGCCUUCCCUGUCAUUAUUGUGUCGGCCAUGCAGAAGACCUCGAAGGCAGCUUCACUGAAGGGAUUGCCAUACGAUGGAUAUCUCUCGGACAACUCGCUCUUCCGACUCUGGCUGUUUUUUGUCGCACUCAACUCGUUUUAUUCGUUCUAUUGGGACAUCUACCACGACUGGAGUCUGAUCCAGACCAAUCCUGCAGGACGCAUCCCUACGCUGACCAUCAGCACAUCCCCUUUUGCUACAACCUCCGACGCUAUGAGUCCCCAUGCUCGGCCAUCGUCAGGACCUCUAUCGCCAGCAACGCCAAAAAGUGGAUCCUUUGCCAUGAAUGACCUCUCCAGGGCAUCCAAUGAUAGUGCAGGCGCGAACAACAGCAACAGCAAUAGUAAUAACAUCAGCGGCAAUGGAAAGGCGCUUCUUGGGUCACCUCCGAACAGUGGCAAUAAUACUUCGCUGGCUAAUGGUAGCAUUAACAACAGCAGUAACAACAACAGCAUCAACAACAUCAGCAAUAUUUUUGGAAUUUUUAAGAAACCACGUCGAUUUGGUAUGCGAUCCUUCCUACAUUAUGAAGAUCCGUUAUUUUACAUCAUGGCCGUUGUCCUGGACUUCUUGUUAAGGACGACCUGGAUGCUGAAAUUGGUAUCAAACAUCCAGAUCGAGGAAUACGAGGGCGGUGUCUUCACGAUGGAGUGUCUGGAGGUUCUGAGGAGAUGGAUUUGGGUGCUCUUCCGACUCGAGUCUGAGAUGGUUAAGCGCGCGGGAUAUAUGGAUACGAAUUCGGCACCUCUCUCCGCCGCUGGUCCCGCAGGGGGAGCCGCAGGAGAGUUAUCCAUGGCCGAGGAUAGCAGCAAUGCAAUCAUGAUGGAGAACAUAGAAUCGUGGCAAACAUAAAAAAGACAUAGUCUCCUAUUAUCAAAAAGGGGUCCCAUAAAAGAUUGCAUGGAUAAUGCGGUCACAGCUGUUCAUAAGAAUUUUUGGCCUCUG